AUGGCAUCUGACUCUGACAUGGAGUCCAUCCUCAGGCGGUUGGACUGGCGAGCCAAGUGCGUCGUGAAGCCUGCCUUAUCUCACGAGGGAAACAGGUCCGGGUUUGCUGCGACUCUAUGGGUGAAGUGGUCCGGGCAAGAACGACGCUACCAGUGCACAUGGGAGGCAUCGAAAUCCCUAGCCCGUGAAGCGGCUGCAGCUGAAUGUUUACGUGACCCAGAUAUCGUGCGGCAAAUUGAUCAGCUGGGGCCCACAGCAAAACGGCGACGCGUGGAGGAGUUUAUCGAGAAAAAACGCCAGGCGGCGACUGCCACUGCCGCGGAAGAAGGCGAUGCAGAGGAGUGGAUCGCCUGGUUCUUAGAUGUUGAUCUGGGCGAGUCUGCAAAAGAAGCCAGCGAGGAUGUGUGGCGGCUUGAUUUCUUUCAGCAGGCGGCAACUGCCUCUGCCGCCGAUGACGGCAAUGCAGAGGAAUCGAACGCCUGGUUCUUGGAUGUUGCAGAUGAUGUGUGGCGGCUUGAUUUCUUUCAGCAGGCGGCGACUUUGCCACUUGCCGCCGAAGAAGGCAAUGCAGAGGAGUGGAUCGCCU